AUGAUUGCUUCCUCUCGGCGUGAUCUUCGUUUCGCGGCGACAGGGCAGAUAUUACGGCGUGCACGCUGCGUUGUCUUCCACCAUUUGAAGGUGCACCACAUCAGCAUGGAGCCUUUGGACGAACCCUUCCGCUUCUCGGACGUAGUCGACUACUUCUACUCAACCGAGCUUCCCCAGGCGCUGACUAUCUCUGCAACCCUCCUCUUGCUGCUUGUCAUCCUACCCACCAUCGUCGGCACCAUUUUGAAUAGGAUUGAGAAUCACAAGCUGGGGGAACGCAUCCCAGGGCCAGACUCGAGGGGUAGAUGGGGGCGGAAGAGUCACAAGAAGGCCUUUAUGGCUGGGGGUGGUAGUGUGGGUGACCCGACACCCUUCUUGUCGGCGCUCCACCAUGAGUACGGACUCCUUGCAAGGUUCUGGAUAGGAAAGCACCUGUGGGUCUCCGUUGCCAACCCUGUGUAUGCAACGGCGAUUUUGGAGACCGUGCCUGGCUCCUCCGCCGCUGUCGACACAUCUCUCAAGUCCGUCCUGAACUCAGAAGCCAUGCAAUUGAAGCAAGCGGACGACGGAAAACACCUCCGUCUGGUGCUGCGCAAACUGUUCUCUGGGGAAGUAGGGGCCAGCAACCCCUACCCUAUUGUUGCGGAGGCAGCCGACGAGGGGGUCCGGCCAGUCACAGACAGCUGGCAUGCCGCAGUGGAGGGGGGCAAAGAGGUGGACGCCCUAGCGGACUCGCUUCUCCUCUCGUCCGGAACGCUCCUCCGCUCCCUCUUCGGCUCGAAGUUGACGGCCAACGAAGCGAAGAACUACGCAAAGCACCUGCUGCGCGCAGCGGCGGGGGCCGACCGCUGGCGCCGCUGGAGCCUCCCGCUGCGCCUGCUGUUCCCCAGCUACUGGCUCUGGAAGGCGAGCAUCUUCCGGCUCAGCGAGAUCUCGUGGAACCUGAUUGCCGCCGUCGAGCGCGCCGAGACCGAGAAACGCGCCGAGGCGACCGUUGGGCAGGCGGCCCAGAAGCCGCCCUACUCCGGCGGCCGCGCGCUCGACUUCAUCGGCAACGUGGCACACGCGCGGACCGCGUCAGGCUUUCCAAUCAUCGGUUCCAAGCGGGCGAUGGGGGACCAGGUCACGGCCCUGGUCUUCGGGGGCCUCGCACCGGUCGCGAGCCUUCUCGCGUGGGCCCUGUACGAGCUGGCGCGGCACCCGGAGGCACAGACGAAGGCAGCCUGGGACGUGGAGGCCGCGUGCGAGGACGGGGCCUCGACGGAAGACGCGGUGUGGAAUGCGGACUACCUGGCCGCGGUGCUCUGGGAGACGCUGCGGCUGCACCCGCCGCAGCCGAACAUCUACCGGAAGCUUGAGUCGCCGCUCAAGAUUGGGGACAUCGUCAUCCCGGCUAAGACGACCGUUGUCAUCCCGGUUGGUGCGAUGCAGCGCGACCCGCAGGUCUGGGGACCGGACGCCUCGUCUUUCGUCCCUGAGCGUUUCGUCCGCCAGGCGCCCGCGCGUUCGUCCGACGAGACGGAGGUGGUCGCUACGAAGGACGUCCGCCCGGUUGGAAAGGAGCGCCUCGUGCUUGCGUUCGGGCAGGGCCUGCGGGCGUGCCCCGGGCGCAACAUCGCCCUCUUCGAGGCACGGACGAUCCUGUCGCAUUUGUUGGAGAACUUUGAAGUGGAGCUAAGCCCGGGGCAAGGGGCGCCCCAGUCGAAGGUCCAAGGCUUCGUGAGCCUGCCGCUCCCGAAUCCAAAGCUGUUGGUGAAACCGAGGGAGUGAAGGGCCGGGUUGCGGGCAUCAGUCCGUAAUACAUUUGGCAGAAUGGCCGUUUGGGACUUGGCCUUAGUGCAUCUACACUCGGUUAUCUGUAGGUAGUAGGGUUGCAGUUAGGGCGUCCAGUCAAGUAAGACUAGGCUUACUGUUUAAAGCUAUAUAGAAGAGGAAUGUAAUGGUGCAGCGUUUGUUUAAGGGGCGGAGCUUUGCAUCGGGUCUUAACUUCCGCCUUGGAGAGCGCAAGGUGGUUCGUAAUUGAGACUUAGGGGUGCAAGCUUUUCCUUCGACACAAGAACUUUCAUCUUUAAAUUCUCCUCGACCGUAUGAGUCACAGUUGAGGGGUUGAGCAAGAAGGAAAGUUGAGAAAGAGAAUAAGGUACGUGUUAGUUAGUCAUUUGGAUGCACGCUACCGGAUCUACUAGUGAUGAUUUAUAAAGCCCACUUUGAUUUCCAUGUAGAUAAUUGUCACUCGA